GCAGUUCCUCUAAAAAACGUAGUUCACGGACAACUGAAAAAUAAAAAACAACAAAUGUUCUUUCGAGAGAACAAUUGUUGAUUGAUUUUGCACAAUAUUUGUAAAAUCAUUUGAUGUGCAUUCAUUUUGGCUGAGAAAUUAAUCAAAAACAUUGCACUAAAUGGUGCAAACAAAAGAUUUUUAUUUUAUAUCAAGAAAUCAUUGAAAAUGUGGUGCCAUGAUGGAAAAAUUAGCUUGGCAAGCUUCAUUAGUGGGAUCAUUACGACUGUUUUUACUUCGAUUUUGAUACUGAGUUUAUUCUCUUUGGAAUUGAAUUCACCUCAAAAUGUGGCACUUUGUUUCAUUGGACCAAUUGGUACAUACGCAUUUUUCUGCGUAUUUGCCUAUUUCGUGACAAGCAGCAGUGAUUUUGCGGUAAUAAAAAGGGCAACCGCUCUUGGCGUUUGUUUCGGACUAUCAACGAUUUCAAUUAUUUAUUCACCAAUCGCAUGGAAACGAUUGGGUGUAUAUUUUUUAUUUAUGUCAACCUUCCACUAUAGCGAAUACUUAACAAUCUCAUUUGCCAAUCCGCAAACACUGGGCACAGAUACUUUUAUGUUGAACCAUUCUAUGGCAUACAUAAUCGCUGCAUCAAGUAGUUGGCUAGAAUUCAUUCUCGAAGUUUAUUUUUGGCCGCAAUUAAAAGAAAAUUUGGCAAUUCUUUUGAUCGGAAUUAUAGUUUGUGUGGGUGGUGAAAUUUUUCGAAAACUGGCAAUCAUUACAGCAAAUACAAGCUUCAAUCACAUUGUUCAAUAUCACAAAUCCGAAGAUCAUGUACUGGUGACACAUGGCGUUUAUAGACUGAUGCGGCAUCCAUCGUACGCUGGAUGGUUUUGGUGGAGCAUAGGUACACAAAUCAUAUUGGCGAAUCCAAUUUGCUUGGUGCUUUAUGCCAUUGUUAGUUGGAAAUUCUUUCACGAGCGCAUUCUAGUUGAGGAAGUGACAUUGGUCAACUUCUUUUUGGAUAAAUACGUCGAAUAUCAGCGAACGACACCAACUGGCGUACCAUUUGUUAAAGGCUACGUUGAUGGUGAAUACGACGAUUCAAGCUUUAAAUAGUAAUUUUUUUAGUACCCCUGUAACAUCAAAAUAUCAAUUUUUUGUAAAUAAAAAUAGGUAUCAAUUGUAUUUGAAAUGAAACACUUUACACAUUUUGUUGCUCGAUUGAUCUUCUUCUUUUUUUAUUACUGAUUUUUAACGAAUCAAGGUGAAAAGCAAGAACGUUUUCGAGUUCAACACUGUUUUUGGUUCGAGGGAAAAAAAUUCUUGAGAAUAUGAAAAGUCCAAAUUUUUUUUUUUAUACAUCAAAAUACUGAACAAAUUCCAUAAUUUGAUAAGCAUAAUAACUAAACAACAAAGAAAACUCAAUAAAUAAUUUAGAUUGAUCAAAAAACAAUCUAAAAACGUCCAUUUA